AUGGAAAUAGCACUCCACCUCUCCUCACCAUUCUCCCUCCUCCAAUGCAGCAAAUUCCAAACGACGACCUCUCCUAUCCUCCGCCGGCGAAGCGGGGCCGCGGCCGCCCUCCUGGUUCAAAGAACAAGACAAAAGAACAAGACCAAAGCCGCCUCUUUUCUCCGCCCUCAUGUGCUUGAAAUCUCUCACGGAGCUGAUAUCGCAGAAGCCGUGAAGAACUUAACCCGCAACCUCGGCGGCUACGUGCAUAUUCUCACGGCCAACGGCCCCGUUUCCUCCGCCGUGUUAGAACAACCAUCUUGCUCUUCUUCUUCCGCCGCCGAUAUCACACUUCGCGGUUGCUACGAAAUUGUCUCCAUGGCGAGUUAUUUCCUUGGCAGCGGCGGAGGCGGAGAAGGGACUAUUGCGGUUACUAUGGCGGGGAUGAAUGGGGAAGUUGUGGGUGGGAUUUGGAGCGGGGCGUUAGUGGCGGCGGGGAGGGUGGUUGUGGUGGUUGCGGAGUUAUUGAAUCCGACGGUUCAUGAUUGGUCGGAGGUGAAGGAAAUAGAUUCGGGAGAGAAGCGAGAGCUGCGAAACGAAGAAGAGAAGUUUGAAAUGAGGACUGGAGAUGAAACUGCGAGUUCAGAGAUCGUCGGCGUUGGUGGGGAUAAUGACGAGUGGUGCAGAAACUGGUUAGGAAUUCGGAAACCUUUCUCAUCUUUCAGAUUCAUAAACCGACUCCCGAAUCCUAUAAAUACAACGGAGAUGGAAACAACACGAUAUCCUUCACCUCUCUUCACCCUUCUUCCUCCUCCAAUGCAGCAAAUUCCAAACGACAACCUCUCCUAUCCGCCGACGGCGAAGCGGCGUCGCGGCCGCCCUCCCGGUUCAAAGAACAAGACCAAAGCCGCCUCUUUUCUCCGCCCUCAUGUGCUUGAAAUCUCUCACGGAGCUGAUAUCGCAGAAGCCGUGAAGAACUUAACCCGCAACCUUGGCGGCUACGCGUCUAUUCUCACGGCCAACGGCCCCGUUUCUUCCGCCGUGUUAAAACAGCCAUCUUGCUCUUCCGCCGUCGAUAUCACACUUCGUGGUUGCUACGAAAUUGUCUCCAUGACGAGUUAUUUCCGUGGCGGCGGUGGAUGCGGAGAAGGGAGUAUUGCGGUUACUAUGGCGGGGAUAAAUGGGGAAGUCGUGGGGGGGAUUUUGAGCGGGGCGUUAGUGGCGGCGGGGAGGGUGGUUGUGGUGGUUGCGGAGUUUUUGAAUCCGGCGGUUUAUGAAUGGUCGGAGGUGAAGGAAUUAGAUUCGAGAGAGAAGCGGGAGCUGCGGAACGAAGAAGAAAAGUUUGAAAUGAGGACUGGAGAUGAAACUGCGAGUUCAGAGAUCGUCGGUGAUGGUGGGGAUAAUGGCGAGUGGUGCAGAAACUGGUUCGGGCAAUGUGAGAGAGACGUCCAGGGAUGUUUUGACUUCCCGAAGUCCGGCGAGACGGGAUCCGGAUAUGAGGCCGGGGGAUAUGAAGGGUUGUUAUUUCCCUUCUGAACCCACCUCCCGUUUUAGGUUAUUUAGGUUGUGCUUUUGAUUUCUUAUGCCAUUUUUUUUUUUAAGAAUUUGGCUUGAAUUUUUCUGUUAAAUUAGGUCAUUAAUUUGGUUUAUUU